AUGACAACAAAGAGAAACUUGGCAGGGACGGACAACAAUGGGCAUUUUGAUAAAUAUAAACGCUUAGUUGCAAACGUGCAACGUGGAAGAUUGUUUGAUGUACAGGCCUUAUUCGCUUUCAAUGAUUAUCCCAACGACGCAAUGAAUGAGAAGAUCACAGCUCAGGGCAAGACAGCUCUUCACAUUGCUGUUGCUUGUGGACAUGAGGAUAUAGUGGAGGAGCUGGUUGAUAAAAUGUCGAAAGAAAGCUUGGAAAUACAAGAUAAUGAUGGUUGGACAGCUCUAGCUGAGACAGCUUUUGCUGGUAACUACCGGAUGGCAAAGUACAUGCUUACAAAGAACAAUCACUUGAUCAGCAUUGGAGACGUGGAUGGACGCCUUCCAGUUGCUCUUGCUAUUGAAGGUGGGUAUAAAAAAUUGGCUCGCUAUCUCUAUUCUCUCACUCCAGAGGAAGAUCUAAGUCCUAAAAAAGGCAUCAGCGGUGCUACAGUUUGUACGAAGGCUAUAUAUACCCGGACGUUUGAUAUUGCUCUACAUUUAAUCAGAACUCAUGGAGCAAAAUUGACUCUUGUUCCAGACAAAGACAAGGUCUCCCCUUUGUAUGCCUUGGCUUCUACGCCUAAUGCAUUCCCGAGUGAAAAUCAGCUUGUGUUUUGGAAACGAUGGAUCUACAAAUACUGUAUAAGGAUUGACGAUAGGAUUGACGCUUACGCUGAUGUGAAUGAAAUUCGUUUGAACAUUGAAGAACAAGAAAGGCGCGAAAGCUAUAAAUUUACUUUAUCUUUGGGAUCAGGAAAUGGGCAUGUGGAGAUGGGAGAGAGGAGGAGAAAGGAGAUGGGUGCUAUGAAGAAGAGGAGAGAGAGCGAUGGAGAAGGGAGAUGGGAGUGGGAAACAUUACUAGCUGAAUUGCACCAACAAGUGUCAUCUCUCCUUAACCUAGUCUUCGGAAUCAAGGAUUUAUAUGAAAUGGAGUUGGACAGGCACCAGAGCCUUUGCCUUAGGCGGGAAAUGUGUUUUGCGAUAUCAUUUUCAAAUGAUGAAACGAGGAAGAUUGGUUGCGUUGAUACAGCUGUCUUCCGUGCUAUCAAGGAAGGGAAUUUUGAGUUUGUUGAUGAAAUAAUGAAACAAAUUCCAGAGCUCUUGUGGUGCAAUGAUGACAAAGGCAGAACCAUAUUUCCGAGUGCAGUCCUGUAUCGUCAGGCUAAAAUCUUUAGUCUUAUAUACGAGCUUCAUGUGAAGCACCCGAGGGUAUACGUCUCUCAAGAUAACUUCAACAACAAUAUAUUACAUAUGGCAGGGAUCUCACAAGCUUCUACCCACCUUAAUCGCAUCCCAGGUGCAGCAUUGCAGAUGCAAUGGGAACUACAAUGGUUUAAGGAGGUAGAGAGUAUUGUUAAUCCCAAGCUUAAGAAAGCUUUAAACAAAGAUGGUUUGACUCCUUGGGAAUUGUUUACCUGCGAGCACAAGGACAUGAAGAAAGCGGGAGAGAAACAAAUGAAGGAUACAGCAAGUUCUUGUACAGUGGUAGGCGCUCUCAUUGUCACCAUUAUGUUUGCUGCAGCCUUUACCGUUCCAGGUGGCAACGACCAAACCACAGGCUUGCCAAUGUUCCAAAAUGAAAAAUGGUUUAUGCGCUUCAUAGUAUUCGAUUCCCUAUCGCUCUUUUCCUCAGCAACUUCAAUAUUGAUGUUCCUAGGAAUCCUAACAUCAAGUUAUGCAGAAGAGGAUUUCCUAAAAGCCUUACCUACAAAGAUGAUUAUAGGACUUUCCACUCUUAUCUUUUCUAUUGCAUUCAUGAUGAUAGCCUUCUGUGCUGCUCUUUUACUUAUGUUACGUGAACAAUCAUGGUUGGUCUAUCCGAUCAUAUGUUUGGCUAGUGUCCCAGUCACCUUGUUUGUGUUGAUGCAGCUCCCCCCUCUGAUUAAGAUGAUCAGUUCAACUUACGGAUCAAGCAUCUUCGAUAGGAAAAUAAAACGUUCAUUUUAA